GAAUCCCCCCUAUAGUCAAUUUUCGGAAGCCCUAAUAUUCCACUAGCUCUAAACCGCCCGGCAUCCUCCGUCCUACGGUUUCUCGGCCUAGCAGAGAUCAUGGCCGAAGAGAUAACCAGUAACCUCCAAGAUAUGGAGGAAGUAGAGACCCCAGUGCAGGAGGAGAUGGAUCUUGUGACGGACCUGCCCGAUGAGUCCAUCGUUAGAGAAUCCGCUGCAGAUCUUCCCGACAUGGCGGAGAACGGCGGCUUGAAGAGGGGGAGAGAGGAGGAGGAUGAUGGGGAUGAAGGGGGUACGAAGAAGCCCAAUUUGGAGAAGUCUGUGGAAGAGGAGCGGCUUCAUAAACUGGAAAACGAGGAGGUGGGUGGAGAGGAUCGAGGAGGGGAGGAGGUGAAAAAGACAGUGGAGGUAGAGGAAAUUAGAAAGGAGGAGACGGAUCCUGCUGCUGGAAAAGUUGGACCGAAGGCGUUCGUCUCAUCUGUGGAAAUGUUUGAAUAUUUUCACAAGUUGCUCCAUGAUUGGCCUACCAAUCUCGAUAUUAACAAGUAUGAGCACAUGGUUUUGAUGGACUUGUUGAAGAAGGGGCAUGCCGAUGCUGUCAAGAAAAUUGGAGGAGGGAUUCAAGCCUUUCAGGUGCGUUAUCACCCAUCAUGGAAGAGCAAGUGCUUCUUCCUCCUCCGCAAUGAUGGAUCCGUCGAUGACUUCAGUUUCAGAAAGUGCGUGGAUCACAUACUCCCUUUGCCUGAUAAUAUGAAAGUUUCCUCUGCUUCUCCUAAUGGCAAGAAAGCUUGGGGCCAGCAUAAUGGUGGAGGCGGAGGUGGAGGCCGGGGAGGUGGCGGAAGAGGCGGACGAGGCGGACGAGGCCGCGGAAGUAGAGGUAGAUAGAAUAGGAAUGCCUUGCUGCUCUAUUUUGGAUUCAGUGUCUUUUGAUAUUUAGAAUGGUAUUACUCGGAUUUUGGACAUAUGUGCUAGUUUGUAACUUAGUUUUUUUUUGGGCUUACAUGAGUGUUAUUUUUUGGUG